GUUAGUGUUCCUGUAUUCCAAUAUUUUAGUGAGAAAAUAUUUGUAUGACCUUGAACUUGGGGAAUGAAACAAAAUGUCGCACUUCACGAAAAACCUAAUCGGUAAAUAUAUACCAUUAUGGAAAAGAAAAAUACCUAAAUAUCCAAUUUAUUGGAAAGGUGAUCCCCAGUUGCGUGUUUUUCUUCCACUGUUUUGGAUGAAAUUAUUAAAACCAAAGAAUAAAAUACCAUCAGAUAGAGUACAAUUUGAAGUUCAUCCACAAAUGAGUACAAUGGAUGUAAAGAAUUAUUUAGAGAAGAUUUAUAAAGUUCCAGUGACAGAUGUAAAAUUUGCCACACAUCAAGGUGAACCUAUUGAACACCCUUUAAGAGGAAGUGUUGUGACACGGGAAGAUGAUAAAAAGAUAGCCUUUGUUGUACUUGGUGAAGGUCAAACAUUUGAGUUUCCUGGUAUAUUUGAUAAACCAUCAGACACAGGAAAACAGAUGGAAGAUUAUAAAGUAGAAAAUAGAAGAAUUGAACGUGCAAAUCAAAAACUUUGGGAUAAACUCAGUUUACCACCUUGGUUUAGAUGAGAACUGAUCAGUGAAUAACGCAUAUUGAAUUAUGAACAUAUGUGUAGUAGUUUCAUCAGGCUACCAUUAUUAGAGAACAUAAUUUCAUAUCUAACAGACAUAACGUGGAGAACAUAAUUUCAUAUCUAACAGACAUAAUGUGGAAGAUGUUUAUACUGUUAAUAUUAUCAGUAACAAUAGAGUUUUGGGAUUUUUAUAUCUGGUUUGAAGAUGAAUACCAUUACAUAAACUAUCUGUACUAGUUUGUUGAUAUUCUGAUUCUCAUGUGUGAUUAGCUGGAAAAAGAGUGAACGCAAUAAAAUGUUGUGAUGCA